AUGAAGACAACAAUCGACACAAAGACGGUCGAGGUGAACGGUGGCCGGUUGACGGUGACAUCGAGGUUGCGGCUGAAGCCGACCGCCGAGGACGACUACAUCGAUUACACGUGCCAGGCGCGCCAUCCGGCCAUCUCCGAGGACCACCGUCCACUGCAGACCACCGUGCAGCUGUCGGUGCAAUCAUCGCAGCGCGUCGAACGUCGCCGAGCGCCGAGUGAUGAUGAAAAUCCCCCCGGGCCACCGUACAUCGAGGGUUACCAGCCGGGUGGAGUGAUUCGAAGUGGGCAACGCGUCCGGCUAGUGUGCCGAAGCCGUGGUGGCAAUCCACCGGCCCAGUUGAUUUGGUACAAAAACGAUAAUCAAGUCCGGAUGGCAUACCGUACCAUGGACCGGAUGUCGGAGAACGAAUACUCGUUCGUGGCGGAACCGAGUGACAAUAAGGCACGGUUACGGUGCGAAGCCAACAACAACAUGGCCACGAGGAUCCUCAAGACGGAGGUCACGCUGAGCGUACUGUUUGCACCAGCACAAGUCACCGUUUCGGGACCAUCGGAGGCCCGGAUCGGUGAAGCGGUAUCGCUGCAAUGCCAGACCGCACCCUCCAAUCCGCAAGCCGACAUUAAAUGGGUCAUCGAUGGGCAGCAGGUGGUUAACGCGACCUCGAAGGUGGUCCCUAGUCCCGAAGGUGGUUGGGUAACAACGUCCAACAUUACCGUCACGGUGGAGUCAAACAAACGUUCACUUGAGGCGAUCUGCCACGGUCUGAACAUGAAGCUGACCGAGAACGUUCAAGCCACGCAUACAGUCAACGUACUGCCACUCGAGCGCACCAGCUUAGUAGCAGCAGUGUUCAGCGUUUCACGUAAUUGGUUCAACAUCGAUUCCGGACCACGGUACGGCGUUCUCGAUUAUCUGCAGCACCGAGCACGACGCCUAAUUAACGUCCAUCAUAAUCAUACCCAGGCCUCCCCUCCUCCCGUUCCUCCUGGGCCACCGAUUAUCUCCGGGUACAGCGAAGGUUCGGUCGUUCCCGCGGGCUCUCGAUUGAAGCUGCUGUGCGUAUCGUCCGGUGGUAAUCCGCUGGCAAUGCUAACGUGGUACAAGAACGACAAAAAGACGAUCGUAACCACCACCACCAGCAGCACCCGUGGUGUGUCCAGCCGUGAAUUCAAGACGCUCGCUCAGGAGCGAGCCAUAAGGACAUCCAAAACGACGACGGUGGCGGACCAAUCGGUAACGGCCGAGCUGUCGAUCCUGACGAACGUCACCGACAAUCAGGCCCGGUACCGGUGUGAGGCUCACAAUUCGGCCACCGAGAUUCCACUGUUCGAAACGAAGGUCCUUGCGGUGCAAUUUGCACCGGAUACGGCCAAGGUACGCAUCGAACCGAGCGAGCUGCGACCGGGCAUCGAGGCCACGCUGGUGUGCGACUCCAGUUCCAGUAAUCCACCGGCGAAGAUAACCUGGUGGUACCAAGGGCUGCCACUGGAAGGUUCGAACGGUGUAUCGAAGCCGGGCCUCUGGAGUGGUACGGUGUCGUCGCUCGAGCUGAAGCUGAACAUCACGCAGGAUAUGAACGGCCACGUCUACACCUGUCAGAGCUCGAACGAGGUAUUACAGCGGAGCAUCAAUGUAGCUGUCAAUUUGCAAGUACUAUACGAACCAAAGUUUGCAGCACCGGCAGCGACAACCGUGACGGGCGUUGCCGGUGAACCGCUGACCGUUGCCCUCGUGGCCAACGGUAACCCGGGUUCGAUCGCCUACACCUGGACCAAGGAUGGACAACCGAUAGCCGAGUCCGGUGUACCGCGAAUCGUCUCCGAGGGACCGAUCCUUAACAUUACCCGGCUCAAGCGAACCGAUGCCGGCAUCUACACAUGCGAAGCCAUCAACUCCCAGGGGUCGGCGAUGAUUAAUAUCACCGUGCAGGUCAAGUGCGGUUCCCGUGGAUCCACCAACUCCAGCGACGAAACAAAAGCACCAGCGUCAAAGCAGAAGCCAUCGCCUGAAGUCUUGGGCGCCUCAAUGGAACCAUUAACACCGGAGCACAUUCGCUGGGAGCGGCCCGGCUACGACCUGGCACUGAAAACGUCAACGACCUAUGUUAACGGAACGAGCACGCUGCUGGUGAAGGAUGCACACCGGGACGACGUGGGCAAUUUCCGGUGCAUCGCGGACAACCGGGUUCCCGCUGGCGCCGGCGGCGGCGGCGGUGGCAAACCACCCUCCGCUCGCGACGUGCUGCUGAUUGUCAAGUUCUCCCAUACAGUCGCACCAGAGAUCGACCAAUCGACGGCCACGCUACGCGGUGCGGCCGGUUCCGGCGAACGGGCCGAGCUGCCGUGCCGCGUGAAAGCCGCCCCCGGACCCACCUUCCGUUGGUUCCGCAACGGUGCCGAACUGCGCGUUAACCAAACGGCCAAAUACAUGGCCACCGAACGGCAGCUCGAUCCGUUAACGUACGAAUCCGUGCUGCUGAUCGAACGGACCGCGGCCACGGAUUAUGGCGAGUACGAGUGUCGUGCGGAGAAUGAGCUCGGUGUAGGCCGUGGUACCGGUCGGUUGGACGUGAAGUCCGCUCCGGAACCACCGGUCACACUGGCCGUACUUAACGUCACCCACAGCACGGUCACCCUCGGUUGGACACCGGGUUUCGACGGUGGUCAUCGAUCGACCUUUCGCGUCCGAUAUCGGGAAGCGAACAGUGAGCGGUACCGGUACGAGGAUGUGCCACCGAAUGUCCACCAACUCACACUGACCGGACUCCGGAGUGAUACGAUGUACCUGUUCUCGGUGAUGGCCAGCAACGUGCUGGGGAGCAGCAGCUUUCUACCGGAUGUGACGCGAGCUCAAACACGAGAAUACCUUUCCGGUGGUUCCUCGAUGGAAUCCUUCUCCUAUCAGCCAACGACCGCCAACGCCAACCAGGCCACGCAGGCUCCGUCCGGAUUUGUGCUGUUCGCUGCGGGCAUCGCCGCCGGCAUUGGGCUCGUGCUGCUCAACAUCCUUUUGAUCGGCUUCUGUCUCUAUCGACGCAUCGGUAGCCAGCAGACGCCCGCCGCGGUCACUCCACGCCGUAAGCUCCACACCGACCGGGGAAGCGUCGGCCCGGAGGUAACGGUACCACCGGAACUGAGCGAAAAAGCCGAACUGCCGAGCUUCGUGAUGUUCUGCAUCGCGCUGGCCGGCCUCUGUUUACUGAUCGUCAAUGCGGGGCUGGUCGCGUGGUUUAUCAUGAAGCGGCGCUCCAAAGACUCGUCGAAUCAGGGCAGCAAAUCGGGAACGUUCGAAAUGUACGCCCCGAGCUCGUACAAUGAUACGGUGACGGGUGAAACGCUGUCCAGCAUCUCGGAGAAGAGUGACGCAUACUCGAACGAUGGCAGUCAGCAAGAUGGAAUGGAUGAAACACGCCAAAAGGCUGCCUCGACGUACCUUAUCGAUGGAGUUGACCUACCACCGCCACGGUACCAGCAGGACGGAAGCCUUCCACACUACAUCAGCGAUGUCGGCAGCGGAAGUGGAGCCGCUACAAUCGACGGUCCUGCCAUGGAUGGUUCUUACUACAACAUGAACAACGGCCGCUACCUCGCCUAUCCACCGGUGGAACCGGAAAGCGCAUCGGAAACGUUACGACGCAUCGCACGUAACAUGGUUCCACCGCCAGAUGUAACACAUCACACACAUCCGCACCGGGCCAUGGGAUUCGGUCCGGCGGACGGUACGCUCGUAUCGGCGGUCCCUCUGGCGAAUCUCGGUAGCGGUAACAUCGUAAAUGCCGUCCAAUCGACACCGAAGCAACUUCAGGGAAUACUCAAGGAUCCGAGGCGCACGAACAGCAAUGCGAGUAGCACCUUUGCCCUUCCCACCUCACUCCAGCCCAUCACUCCGUCAGCGUUCCAAACGACACCAUCGCCUACGAUGCAGGAGCAGUACGGCGUCGGUACUGGUUCACUGCUCGCCAUUGCGCCACACCACCACACCGCCAGCAACUCACCGGCACUACUGUCCACCGGGAAUGGUAUGCUGAUGGGCACGUACGAGCCACCGGGUAGCUCCAGUCUGGCAUCGUUUAAUGUGUCGCUCGGUUACACCGACGUAACGAGCGGACCGAACAUCAUCCGAACCCACCACGACGCGAACCCCGAACCGACCGACCAGCAGCGGCCAGAGCGAACCGAGCGAACGAACGACGGUCGACGGUCGACGGUUUGCAGGCCGCACUUCACUUCGCUAUUCCGCUGUUCCGCUGUUUCCUGCACCAGCAACGGUUUCACGCAGCAACAGCAGCAGCAGCAGCAGCAGCAGCAGCAGCAGCAACAGAAGGCAAAGCAUGUAGAGGAGACGGUCAGCCGGGUCAAAUGUUGGUGGCUGAAAGUUGAUGUAACCCGAUGUGUGGACAACCGUGGACUAUCGGAUGGUGCGAUACACAAGACACCACCAACGCGCUGGUCUGGCGUAUACAGCAAGGUCACGAGUUGCGGCAAUCUCAGCCUCGGGCCCCAGGCCGAGAGUUUCUCCAGUGGGAAAUCGGCGACGUCUACGACGCGGUCGCUCAUCGUCACCCAUCUUGGCAACGGUCUCCUUGGAUGCCUUUCGACCGAUAAAUGCUCCGGAGAAAAAGGUUGCUACCUCUAG